AUGAUGACAUUUGAUAACGAUGAAAGAAUAUAUGUCUUUACCAUAGUUAGUUAUUUAAUUGGCGUUUUCAUAUUCGCCACAAUUGUUGGUCAAGUUGGAAAUGUGAUAACGAACCGUAAUGCGAAUCGACUUGAGUUUGAACGAUUGUUGGAUGGUGCAAAGACUUAUAUGCGACAUCAUAAGGUGCCUGGCGGCAUGAAACGACGUGUUCUUCGUUGGUACGAUUACAGUUGGUCACGUGGAAGAAUACAAGGUGGAGGUGAUAUUAACACCGCUUUAGGUUUACUACCCGACAAAUUGAAGACCGAACUCGCACUUCAUGUCAAUUUGAGUGUAUUGAAGAAGGUAACAAUUUUUCAAGAAUGCCAACCUGAAUUUCUUCACGAUCUCGUAUUGAAGAUGAAGGCUUACAUUUUUACUCCGGGAGAUUCGAUUUGCCGCAAGGGUGAGGUAGCGAGGGAAAUGUUCAUCAUUGCCGAUGGAAUUUUAGAAGUGUUGAGUGAGACGGGACGAGUUUUGACGACGAUGAAAGCUGGAGAUUUCUUCGGCGAGAUUGGAAUUCUCAACUUGGAUGGGUUAAACAAACGAACGGCUGAUGUCAGAUCUGUUGGGGAUUCGGAAUUAUUCUCAUUGUCACGUGAAGAUGUGCUUGCUGCUAUGAAAGAUUAUCCGGAAGCCCAAGAAAUUCUUCAAACUUUGGGACGAAAACGUUUGAUGGAAGUUCGUUGUAUUAAUAAGAAACAUGCGGCUAAAAAGGAAAAAGAUGCAGCUCUCGCUGAAGCAGCGGCAAAUGCUUUACAGGGACAAGAUAGCAGUGACAACAGUGGCACUAAGCGGAUUGUAGAUAAAUUCAAAAACGAUGUUAAGGGGCUGAAGAAUGCGCUGAAGAAGACAAGAAAGUUUUGUUUGAACAGAGCAAACACACAUAGACGAAGUGAUGAGUCCAUCGAGUUGCAACCACUUAAAGGCUCUGGCUCAAAGACCCCUAAAGGAGUUUUACGUCGGAUGCAAAGGGUAAAAUCUGAUGAGUUAAAUGCUGAUGAUGAAGAAUGUCCGAAAGACGAGAAAAAGGAGGAAAAAAUUACAAGUCCAAUUGGUGCCGGUCUGCCUUUGUUACAACGAUUGCGACUUUUAAAGGAAAAACAAGAUCGCGAAGAGCGAGCCGCAAAGCACACCACUGUUGUAUCACCACCACACACUCAUGUUUCAUCUACCAUAUCACCACAGGCUUCAAUUCAAGAAGAGCCAGAAGCAGAGGUUAUAGGUGCUGGUUUGCCAUUACUUCAACGACUGAAAAUGCUUAAAGCGAAAGAAGAAAAAUUAAAACAAUCAAAAGAUAGUCAGUCGUCGAGACUAAGCGUUUCUUCCCAAGGGUCGUACACAAGAAAAUCUAGUGUAAGUCCGACAUCACCAACCGUCAGAACAUGCACACCAACAGUACAUGAACCUGGAAUAUCACGAACAAAUCUUAAAGUGUCUUUCAAAGAUCGAAUUAAAAAUCUACAGAAAGAAAGUGGGAAGGAAGAGAAAAGUGGAAGCACUGAAUCAAAUGAUGCGAAGCAACAUUUAUUACCAUCAACAUCAGCAGUAAAACACAAGAAACCGUCCACGGCACAACAAUUUAAAGACAAAAUCAGAUCAUUCAGUCACAUGCCAAAAGACGAACUGACGCCGUGGUCUAAACUUAAGUUGGCAACGGUUGUUAGCUUAGGUGGAAGUUAUUCUUCAUUAAAUAAUUCAAUUACGGGAGACUCACCAAAGUUGUCUAAAACAACGCUCAAAUCCUCAAUGCCUAUUGAUUUAAAUACCUUUAAUAAGCAUGACGAAUCUAAUGCACUCGGAAACGAAUUUCUCAACCUUAAACCUGAGCAAAAAACUAGUGUUAGUGAUAGCGAGAUAAAGAAUGAAACCGCAAAUAUUAGCGUUAAAAUCAAACGCAAACCGAAGCCGUUUAGAUUAAUAAGCGAACCAAAAAAGUAUCGGUCUGUGGAUGAUUUAUCACCCGAAUAUAGUGGCCUUCCUUUUGUGAAAAAGUUAAAGAUUUUGAAUGAGCGUCAAAAGCUUGCUGAACUCGAGUCUGCUAUUCAGACACGAAGUUUUAGUCUCGAUUGUACUGACUCUAGUAAUUCAAAUGAAAUGGUUGAAGUGUUAACACGAAGUCAAAGUGAAGCGUCUUGCAUGGUGACACGACCGAGAGUGAAUCUGUUGAGUUCACCUGUAGUGCCCGUUGCACCACUUAAUUUUUACUCGUAUGCUCCUCCAAUCAAAUCUCCACUCAGUCCCGAAUCAAAUGAAACUUUAGAACGAAAACAAUUGAAGAGUAUUUUAAAGAGAUUAUCUGAAGAUCGUUUGACACAGAAUGUUAAUGUGAAAGGAGACGCUCGACCCGACAUGAAGCGAUUGAUGAGAGCCCAAACACUUGAGGGGUAUGUGGCCCGGCGCACUAAAUUUACGAAGAGCGUAACCUUCAAUAAUACUCUUUCCAGUCCUCCAAACAGCUCAACAUUGACCGAAGAACCUGAAGAGUCUUUCAAAUCUUCUCCACCUCUUUCCUCAACUCCUAUUGCAUCACAAGCUAUUUAUCCAAUUUCUAACGCACAAGAUUCAUCCAAAUUUCUUGACAGUUCUCAAACGUUUCUUACUAAUCGAACUAACGUCGAUGAAAGUACAAAUAGAUUUAAUUUUCCCAAUGAAUUUGUGGCAUUAACGUCCGAGGAAACAAUGAUUCAAGCAAGUGAAAAUACUCCAAUGACACCAAAUCCAAGUAUUGAUGACCCUUCCAGGCGUUACUCCUUUGUUUCAGACGAAUGUGGCCAGAGAAAGAUUGUUAAAGUUUAUCACACGAAAGCAUUUUUGCAAUUAAACAAUUUAAAUUUAUCAAAGAAAGCUUUGAAGUACUAA